GGGUGGAGAGAGCUCUAAUACUGCUCUUUUGCCGACAAAACUAUUAACCGGUCUUAUUUAUUAUUUAAUUGUACAGACACUUACCCGGGCAGUGCAGGAGCAGAGGACUAUUGAAUUAUGAAGCAAUGCUCUACUGGACCCUCCUUUUCCAGCUCUAGUUACCAACACACCCACUGCUGUCACCCCUACUGUUGCUAGCGGGUUGGCCUGGUCUGUCCAGAAGGGGGGGGAAAGAAAAAAAAAAAAAAAAAAGAAAGAAAGAAAAACCACAUCAGCUGUUGUCUGUGCGCAUAUGGUACAUUGUUGCCAUUCCCAAGCCUGUAUCUUCGCCACACAGCUUCUUGCUAACCCUUGACGCACAAAAGAUCUGUCAUCCGCCAAAGAUUAAAAAUACAUUUGUUUUUUGUUAUUUAUUUUUUCCGGGGGUUAGACAAGCACACCCAAGGGUCACUUCUGUUUUUUUUUUUUUGUUUUGUUUGUUUGUUUUUUUUGUAAAGCGUUGCCGCUCAGGUAGUGGCAGGACUGAAUAAAGGCCAUGGAGCCCAAUAUGGAAUACUGUCUGGCACAGGUGCUGCAGAAGGACGUGGGAAAGAGGCUUCAGGUGGGACAGGAGCUCAUUGACUACAUUACAGACAAGGACAAGUCACAUGAUCUGGAGCAGGAUCAGACGGCUCUGGACAAGAUGGUGGACGGCAUCGCCACCUCUUGGGUCAAUUCGAGCAACUUUAAGCUGGCUCUGCUGGGAAUGGACAUUCUGUCUGCCUUAGUGACAAGAUUGCAAGACCGAUUCAAGACCCAAGUUGGAACUGUUCUCCCUAGUUUGAUAGAUCGGCUAGGUGAUGCCAAAGACCAAGUGAGAGAACAGGACCAAGCAUUGCUGUUGAAGAUCAUGGACCAGGCUGCUAAUCCUCAGUAUGUGUGGGACAGAAUGUUGGGAGGAUUCAAACACAAGAACAACAGGACCAGGGAAGGAGUCUGUCUCUGUCUUAUCGCCACACUUAAUGCAUACGGCGCCCAGGGCUUAACAUUAAGCAAGAUUGUACCCCAUAUAUGUAAUCUAUUAGGAGACCCCACCAGUCAGGUUCGCGAUGGGGCUAUGAACUGCUUGGUGGAAAUCUACAGACACGUAGGAGAGAGGGUGAGAGUGGACCUUAGCAAGAAAGGACUCCCACAGUCACGGUUGAAUGUAAUUUUCAGCAGAUUUGACGAAGUCCAAAGAUCUGGAAACAUGAUCCUCUCCUCAGGCUCAGAUAAGAACUUUGACGAUGAGGACUCCGUGGAUGGGGGCAGGUCCUCCUCCUCGUCCUCCUCUAAGGGCCUCUCCAGCAGCAGAAGGGGAGGCAGCAUGGGCUCCAUGCGUAGACCCAGUUCAGCUUCUGGAACCAGGACAGCAGGAAAAGAAGGAGCCACUGCAGGAGCUGUGGAUGAGGAGGACUUCAUUCGCGCCUUUGAGGACGUGCCCGCUGUGCAGAUUUAUUCCAGUAGAGAGCUGGAGGACUCACUGACGAAGAUUCGGGAAAUGCUAUCUGAUGACAAGCAUGACUGGGAGCUCAGAGUUGCGGCUCUGAAGAAAGUGCGGUCUCUGCUCCUGGCCGGAGCCGUGGAGCACGAGUGUUUCUCUCAGCAGCUCCGUCAGCUGGAAGCAGCCUUCAAACUGUCUGCAAAAGACCUUCGCUCUCAAGUGGUUCGUGAAGCCUGCAUCACCUUAGGGCAUCUGUCCUCAUUGCUGAGGAACAAAUUUGACCACGGGGCAGAGACAAUAAUGCCCACGCUCCUCAACCUCGUGCCCAACAGCGCCAAAGUUAUGGCCACCUCUGGAGUGGCGGCCAUUCGCCUCAUCUUACGACACACCCACUACCCCCGCCUCAUCCCGAUCAUCACAAGCAACUGCACGUCCAAAUCUGUGGCUGUCAGAAGACGCUGCUAUGAGUUUCUAGAGUUGAUGUUGCAAGAGUGGCAGACACACACACUGGAGAGGCAUGUUGCUGUUCUCACUGAAACAAUCAAGAAAGGGAUCCAUGAUGCUGAUUCAGAGGCCAGAUCUGUGGCCAGGAAGUGUUACUGGGGCUUCCAUGGCCAUUACAGCAGGGAGGCAGAGCACCUGUUCCAGGCACUGGAAUCAACCUAUCAGAAGGCCCUGCAGUCUCAUCUGAGGAGCUCUGACAGCGUCACAUCUCUGCCCCAGUCUGACCGCUCAUCCUCCAGCUCUCAGGAGAGCCUCAAUCGCCCCCUGUCUGUGAAGAGCGUCAUUGGAGGCAGUAUAACAAGAAGUAAAGUGGUCGGCUCCAGAGUCUCGUCCACCCCCGGUGGUCUUCAGCGUUCUCGUAGUGACAUCGAUGUCAACGCAGCUGCCAGUGCAAAGUCCCGCAUGUCCACCGUCCCCUCCUCGUCCCCCUUCAGCUCAGCGGCCGCCCUGCCUCCGGGGUCUUACGCCUCUCUGGGCCGUGUGCGAACAAGAAGACAAAGCUCUGGUAGUGCUGUGGGAGCAAGCACAACUGUUACAGAUAGCCGAGGGCGAAGCAGAGCUAAAGUCGUAUCCCAGUCUCAACCUGGCAGUCGCUCCAGCUCUCCCGGGAAGCUCUUGGGUCACACGUAUGGUAGGAUUCCUCGGGCUACCGCUACUGCAACACCCUCUGAGAAACGCACCCGGAUCCCCAGAAGCCAGGGCUGCAGCCGGGAGACCAGCCCCAGUAGACUGGGUCUAGCCAGGCUUUGUGGUAAAGCUCUUCUUCCUGCCGCUUCUCCUUACCGCACGCUAGCCCGGAGCAGUCGCAUUCCCCGCCCCAGCAUGAGUCAGGGGUGCAGCCGUGACACCAGUCGCGAGAGCAGCCGCGAUACCAGCCCUGCAAGGGGCUUCACUCCUCUGGAUCGUUUUGGGUUGAUCCAUCACUCCCGUAUCUCUGCAUCUGUUAAUGCCAUGAGGGUCCUCAACACGGGCACUGAGGUGGAGGCUGCAGUUGCUGAUGCCUUGCGCAAGCCCAUGAGACGACGUUACGAGUCCCCAGGCAUGUAUUCAGACGACGAUGCUAACAGUGACGCGUCAAGCGCUUGCUCGGAGCGUUCGUACGGAUCACGCAAUGGCGGCAUCCCACAUUAUCUGCGUCAGACAGAGGAUGUGGCCGAGGUUCUGAACCACUGUGCCAGCUCUAACUGGUCUGAGAGGAAGGAAGGCUUGCUGGGGCUGCAGAACCUGUUGAAGAGUCAACGCGUCCUCAGCCGAGUGGAACUGAAAAGACUGUGUGAGAUCUUCACCAGGAUGUUUGCAGAUCCUCACAGCAAGAGAGUGUUCAGCAUGUUUCUGGAGACGCUGGUAGAUUUCAUCACAGUCCACAGAGAGGACCUCCAGGACUGGCUCUUUGUGCUGCUCACCCAGCUACUGAAGAAGAUGGGUGCUGACCUGCUGGGUUCGGUCCAGGCAAAGGUCCAGAAGGCACUGGAUGUCACCCGGGAGUCCUUCCCAUUUGACCAGCAGUUUAACAUCCUCAUGAGGUUCAUAGUUGAUCAAACUCAAACUCCAAACCUCAAGGUGAAGGUGGCCAUUCUGAAGUACAUUGAAGCCCUGGCACGUCAGAUGGAUCCAACAGACUUUGUCAACUCAAGUGAGACAAGAUUAGCUGUAUCACGCAUCAUCACCUGGACCACAGAACCCAAGAGCUCUGAUGUUAGAAAGGCUGCUCAGGUAGUCCUGAUCUCCCUUUUUGAGCUGAACACACCUGAAUUCACCAUGCUGCUUGGUGCCUUGCCCAAAACAUUCCAGGAUGGAGCCACCAAGCUCCUGCACAAUCAUCUGAAGAACUCCAGCAACGCCAGCGUGAGCUCUCCAAGCAACACCAUUGGGAGAACGGCUCCAAGACACCCAUCCAGCAGGACCAGCCCCCUUACCUCCCCGACAAACUGUUCCCAUGGCGGCCUGUCACCUAGUAUGCUGGAGUAUGAUACAGAGAACAUGAACUCUGAUGAGAUCUACAGCUCCCUUCGUGGAGUCACCGAGGCAAUCCAGAGCUUCAGCUACCGCAGUCAAGAGGACCUCAACGAGCCAAUCAGGCGUGAUGCCAAAAAGGAUGAUGUGGUUGGCAGGGAGGGCGUAGUGGCAUCCCCAGGAUCAGACGCACGGCACGGAUUGGACGGAGUCGAGGGGGGCCGCACUGCCUUGGAUAACAAGACAUCUCUUCUGAACACUCCAUCUCCACGCUCUUUUGCUGGGCCGCGGACCCGCGAGUAUGCUCCUUAUGGUUUUGGCGAGUCCAUCAGCGUCUACGACAAGAGUGCCUUGAAAGAGGCUGUCUUUGAUGAUGAUGUGGAACAGUUCCGUGACUGCCGUCGGCAGGACUGCGGUGAAAACAAGAUGGUGCUCCCCAAGAGCUUUGCUCCUGUUGGCUUGGAUCACUCAGACCUGGUUGCAGACCUACUGAAGGAGCUGUCCAAUCACAACGAGCGUGUGGAGGAGAGGAAGGCGGCUCUGGUGGAACUGUUGAAGAUCACGCGGGAGGACAACCUGGCCGUCUGGGACGAGCACUUCAAAACCAUCCUCCUCCUCCUGCUAGAGACACUUGGAGACAAAGAUCAUACUAUUCGAGCCCUGGCUCUUCGGGUUCUGAAAGAAAUCCUGCGGAACCAGCCAGCUCGUUUCAAGAACUAUGCAGAGCUCACAAUCAUGAAGACAUUAGAGGCCCAUAAAGAUUCUCAUAAAGAGGUCGUAAGGGCUGCAGAAGAGUCCGCCUCCACCCUGGCUGGCUCCAUUCAUCCAGAGCAGUGCAUCAAGGUUCUGUGCCCUAUUGUGCAGACCGCAGACUACCCCAUCAACCUCGCCGCCAUCAAGAUGCAAACAAAAGUCAUCGAGCGCAUCGCCAAGGAGUCCCUCCAUCAGCUGCUACCGGACAUCAUCCCUGGCCUCUUACAAGGCUAUGACAACACAGAGAGUAGUGUUCGCAAGGCCAGCGUGUUCUGCCUGGUGGCCAUCUACUCUGUGAUUGGUGAAGAGCUGAAACCUCAUUUGGCCCAGCUCACGGGUAGCAAGAUGAAACUGCUGAACCUGUACAUCAAGAGGGCCCAGACGACCAACAGCAACAGCAGCAGUUCUUCAGAUGUGUCCUCACACAGCUAGCCGAGGGUCGCGGCGGCUGUGAUCGCUAGUGCCCUGAUCUGAGAACAGAAGUUGUGCCUCUUCCAGACCUCUUUGUUUUCCUCACCUUCGUCUCUUGGAUUUCUCCAGGAAAUGGGAUCUUUUGCUCAUUUCAGUCCCUCUUUUAUGUCGAUUAACUUUUUCGUUGUUCCAGCCAACGUCUCGGUUGGCUUUCAUCACUCCUUCCCUUCUGUGGUACACUGAAUGUAAAGAAAGUUUCAUUGGACUGGGUAAUGUAGUCUGUGUAGGUUGAAGAUUCAUAUCUUCCCCCGUUGUAAGCCUCAUCUCCCUUUGUUUGCCCAUUUCGUUCUAGAAAAAAUGUCCUGUACCAUAGAUUUUCCCGAGACCCUUAGUUGUUGAGCUUUCUCUGCAAAAUAAGUUCUGUUCUUUGCAAUAUUUGGAAGUGCUGUUGUUAAAGGGCCCUGUUUGAGGCAUCCAGAUGGGCACAGAUACUCCACAUGAAUCUCAUUUUGUGACAAGAGAUCAUUUGGCUGGCCGAGUGAUUGUAUGAAGUGAUCCUAAGCAAGGGGUAAGUUUGGGAAAGCUGUACUAAAUUUAAGUUAUAAUUUCAACCUAAAAAAAAAAAAUAGGACUUAAAGUAGGAUAUCCCUAGCUGCAUGACAUCUUGUCAGGCUAGUGUAAGUGGGGGAAAAAAAAAAAAAAAAAGAAAAUUGUGAUUUUUAAGUUUUUGGUUGUAAUGAAGGAUCAGUUACAGUCAUACAGUCAGAAUCCUUUUGACUUUAAGUUAUUUUAUUCUGAUUAUUUGAUCACAUUUCCUCAGACGUUCUUAAAGUUAAAGAACAAAAUCCUUUUGUUUUGCUUUGUGGCCGAAACCGAACCUGCAAAAAGUAAACUACUGAUUUGUAGUUUAUUCUUUAUUAGAAAACAAAUGUGAAAGCCUGACGGAGGUUAAUAUGACCAUUCUCUUUGCUUUUGCUUAAAAAAAAAAAAAAAAGAAAAAAAAAAGACAAUCUGAAAUGUAGAUUUUUCACAGCAAAGAGAGAUUAAAGGACGAAUAAUGAAGUGCCAGAAGAUGUUUUUGGUGUGUGAACCAGAAUCAGCCGCGGUGACAUGAGGCACAUCCGUUUUACUGUAACCUUUGUGGGAGGUGAUGUGAGAGGUCAGAAUCACUGAAUAAAUCAUAGCUUCAGACUUUAUUCAUUCCACAAAGCCCUGCCACACUUCCCCAAAAUCACCCAUAAGUAUCGCUACAACUACAAGUUCAAGAGUGCUCAUCGAUCUUGCUGCUUUUAAUUAUACCUUGAGUGGAUCCUAUGAAUGUUACCUUUUCAUAUUUCGGGGGAAGGAUGAAUGGUGGCGGAGACUAAAGACACUACCAAGCCUUAUGCUCGUCGCUUAUGGUUUUUGACCACUUGGACUGUUAAUGGGAGGAGUGUAACGUUACACUCUUUUAAACAUAACGUUUUUGGACCAGCUAUGACGUAAUGUUACUGUAAUGCUUCACCAUUGUCAAUGCCCAGCUUUUGACCCCUCCCCCAUCCUCUCAUAGAUCUGCAGCUUUUGCAAUCAAAUGUUCAUUAUCUUGAUCAUCACAUUUUGUACAUAACUCAAUCACUGCUUUGCAAUCCCUGUGAAAGAGCAAAAAUGGUUGGAUGUUGCACUUUUUUUUUUGUUUUGUUUUUGGGGUUUUUUUUGCACGUCAGUGAAUAGCCUGCAUGUUUUGGCGAUGUGUCUGGCCCACUUGUGGCUGCUGGAGGACUCUUCAGCUGUCUGGUCAGUCUGUAUAUAU